GCUGUGAGGACGGAAGAACAGAAUGAGAAUCUAGCGGUCGCCGAUCUCGAUGUGACGUCACAUUCCUGCGCCCGUCCUCCUGCUGUCUCCACAUUUGACUCUCUCCUCUGGAGUUGCCGGCUCCUGAAUCUUUUCCAACUCAGGGAUUAUGGCGAUGCUGGCGGAACCUCGCAGGAAGCAGAAAUGGUCGGUGGAUCCAAGAAACAGCACCUGGAGCAAAGACGAGUCUAAAGUCGGACAGAAAAUGCUGGAGAAGAUGGGGUGGUCCAAAGGGAAGGGUCUUGGGGCUCAGGAACAAGGAUCCACCGAACACAUCAAGGUGCAAGUGAAGAACAACACUCUGGGCCUGGGCGCAUCCAUCAACAACGAGGAUAACUGGGUGGCUCAUCAAGAUGACUUUAACCAGAUUCUGGCUGAGCUGAACAACUGCCAUGGUGCGGCGAGCUCUGCGUCUCCUGCCAAUGACAGCCUCAAGUCCUUCAGCCUGGAGGAGAAGUCCAAAGCAUCGAGGAAGCGCCUGCAUUACAUGAAGUUUGCUAAAGGAAAGGAUUUGUCCAGCCGCAGCGAUACCGAUCUCGCCUGCAUAUUUGGAAAGCGGGAAAAAGUGAAGAAGCCGACUGAGGAAGAGGCCGAGGCCAGCCCAGAGGAACGCCAGGAAAAGGAGAGUCGGAGCCGCACCACGGAGGUAGAACCUGGAAACACAGUGACCAGUUCUCUGUCGGUGAAUGAAUACUUUGCCAAGCGGAUGGCAGAGCUGAAGAAAUCCCAGGCCAGGCAUUCUGAGCGCGCACUGGAUAACACAGAGACGUACGCUGCCGACAGCAUAGAGGGCUCUACACAGGAGACAAAGAAAAAAUCCAAAAAGAAGAAACGCUGCAGGGAAGAACGCAAGUUAUCACCGGACUGUCCUGAAGAGCCGGAACUGAUGAGUAGCACUGGAGGUGGUGAUUAUGUGCAUUCAGAGUCUCAGGAGCCAAGGAAAAAGUCAAAGAGCCAGAGAGAGGACAGAAUGACGCACUGUGAGGAGAUGGAACAUUCGGAGGGGCAGGAGGAGGAACAAGCGAAAGAUGAGAAACUAAAAAAGAAGAAAAAGAAAAACAAGAGGAAGAGAAAGACGUCCAAAUUGCAUGAGAAGGAAGAGGAGUCUCCCACUCACGAGCAGAAUUGUGCCGUGAAACCAAAGAAAAAGAAGAAGGGGAAAUCUGAUGCUUAGUACAUAUUGGGGGUUAUUCAGUAAGGAUUGCAGAUUCUGCUGUUUAGCAGAAUUUGCAAUCCAUUGUCUCACAUGCUGGGGGCCGGCCAUCGCAGGGCAAGGCCGCCCAGCAUGCAGCCCACCCACUGUGAUCACGCUGAAAUUGUGGAGGUCUCCUGCUGGCGCAGCCGGGUGGUCUUCAGUUUGCCGGCGGCCGGGCUCCCGACGACCAGCAUACCAGCGCCGGAAUUCCGACCGCCGGCAUACCGACAGCUUUUCUCCCUCUUGGGGGUCCACGACCCCCCUGGAGGGAGAAUAAAUAACGUGGCGCGCGUAGUGCCCGCAGCGUGGCGAGCGCAGUGAGCCCGCAAGGGACUCAAUUUGUGCUCGCCCAGCUGUCUGCCGGCGAUCAGGGUUCCGGCGCUGGUAUGCUGGCCCCCGGGAGCCCAGCCGCUGACAUACCAUACUACACCCAGCGCAGCCUGUCUGCGAUGGCAGGAGACCCGCCGCCAUUUUUUAGUUUGGAGCGGUUGGCAGCUGCCCCAAAAAUGCAACUGCCCCCCCCCCCCGUUCGCGCCGCCAUGACCCGUUGGUUAAGUGACGCCCCCGCAACACUCCGUUUCCGCCUCGUGGUUGUGAUGCAAGCUGUAUGACCCCCAUUGUACUGUACAUCCCGGUAUUGGAACUUAAUAUGAAUUUUCUAGUCUUUUUAUUCAUUCACUCCUGUGGUUUGAUGAAUUCCAGUUUUCCAGUUGCCUGUCACUACUGACUAUAUCGCUGGGAAAACAGAAAUACAUUACUAUAACAGCCUGUAAUAUAGUUUAAAUAGACUCGUAUUCAUUACACAAUGAAUUUAUUUAUGCAGUCGUUACCCCAUUUAUAGCUUGUGAGAUAUAUAGCUUGUUUUGCCCCGAUUGUACACUUUAAAGGGGUUGUUCUUGAGAAUCGCCCCAUCAUUCAUGGUACACUAGGUUUCACCUGAUGUAUGUAGCAUUACUUUAGGGUCUUCCCCUGGGAUGCACACCAUUACACAGUAAUGCAUGUCACUCCUCUCUGUGACAAAAUGGGGGGGGGGGGGGGGCGUUAUGUGUAUCUGGCUGUGUAACUUGUCCCAGUCCUCCAUCACACUUGUUAGACUUUUUGCAUGGCAGGUAUUACGUAGGGCCAUUCCAUUUGUGACAUUUUAAAAUAAAUCUGUAGCUGUGUAUCUCUUGAGUUUUCAACAUGGGUUGACUAGUUAAAUUAUAGCUCUUUCCCAUAGGUUUUCAGAUAUAUAACACAGGCUCUUAAUUUGGAGUUAAGGGGAAUUAUCAAGUAGAAGUUUCUGUUACAAAAUGGUGGUGCACUUGGCUUGCCCCAUACGUGACAACUACAUUAGAGAUACUGUGUUUGGUAUAACGGAGAGGAAAAAAAUUCUACCUAAAAAAAAAGUCUAGUUUGCCACUUUGCUAUUACAUCCAUCUUCCUCGUGCUACGUUUUAACAAAAAUUGAUAUGUGAAAAUGUUGACAGUGGAAUGGCCCAGUAAUUGAUUUGGUGCUGUAGCCCAGGAAAUGGUCCAGUGAUGGUGGGAAGAGAGGAGGAGAGUGCAAGGUUAGUUAGGGACUCAAUCUUCUCAGGGCAGCUUCUGAUUCGCACACAUGACCCAAUGCACAAGCUCUCAUUGGACGAUUUAGAACUGCUAUGUGGGAUCUACCCGGCUGCAGAGCGCUGAAAGAUGAUCAGCAGAGGCCUCGGCUGUAAUGUCUAGAUACAGUGACUGGUGGUGCACCCAGGGAAGGGACUCCCACCAACGACCUAAUAUGGGGAAUUAUCUAAUUAAGUUUGGGGUGAUUUAAAGUGGGAAAUUAAUUUUAACAUUCAGUUUUACAGCUGCAGCCUUGAAGGAAAACCUGGGGAAUUGUGGAAUUUUUUAAAAAUAUCUAUUUACAGAAUCCAGUUGACAACGGCAGACAUGCAGAAGAUCUAUGAUACAGUAUGAACAUAUGGAGACUAUCCGUGCUGUAAAAUCUAUGUACUUCUGCAUUCAUUAAAAAUACUGAUUGUAUAAAAAAAAAAGAAACUAAUAAAUCCACUAUGAUUUUCUAAAAA